AUGUCUCCACGGUUCUUGACGGAACCCCCGACUAAGGUCUUAGUUGGGGAAGAUAGGAAGGCGUACUACGUCCACCUUUAUAUCUUAUCGUCAUGCAAAUCAUCUAGCGCUGAUGUUCGCAUGAACGGACCGUGGAAAUCCACUGGGGACGGCGCUAUUAACUGGACGAAUUUUGACAUGCAAACGAUUGAAUGUGUCUUGCACUAUCCUUACACUGGGGACUACCAUGUGCCCAAAUCGGUCGACGAGACGCCAACCUCAAACAGAGAAGGUGAAGAAAUCUGUCUAGAGCAGCCGGAAGGUACCAUCUGUACUGAAGAGCAACUACCGACGAACGAAACGUCUUCACCAUCUCAGACUCCAUCACCAGACCCAAGUGCGCUCGGACGACCGCUUACCCCCAUAAGCAAGUGCCUCGAGGUCGAGUUCCCAGAAGAGCGUUUGCGAACGGUUGCCAGUGUCGUUGCUGAACAGGAAUACAGGGGUGACGGCCAUACCGUCGGAAUGUCGGUCCUUGUACACGUAAAGGUGUACUCGUUUGCCCAUUGUCAUUUCUUCUCCGACUUGGCAAAGUUUGCAUUACAGCGUCUCACUUAA